AUGAACUGCUUAGGCGAGCGGCAGCCCCACGGUGGCGCGCCCCGGCGCGACUGGCGGCAGCUGGUCAUCGCGGUACUGGACCGCGACAUACUCGCCCAGCUGGUCGGCGGGUACCGCUACCACCAAGAAAGGUGCGCCGAGGCGGUGGCGGGCCGCGGCGUCGUCGCGCCGCCCGCCCUCACCUCCCUCGAGCACUGCUACGCCGAGGGCGCGUGGGUGUAUCGCGUCACCGCUGCGGCCGGCGCCGCGGGCCCGAGCCGCGCCCACCCGACAUGCGGCCACUACGCACAAGGGGAGCACGUGCGCGUCCUCCAGGUUGCCAAUGGAUGGUUGCGGCUCGAGCCGGCGGCGCGCCGCUCGCGCUACUCCUCGGCCUACCGGCGCGGCGAGGAGUGGGCGUACCGCGCCGCCCUCGCCGCCCUCGCGUCGCAUUUGGCCGACGACUUGCACUGCCGCGCCGCGCUGCACGCCGCCGUCGCCGGCUGGCGGCACGCCAACAUCGCCGCUUGCUUGCGGCGCGACAAGAGGCCGGCCGACGCUGUCGCCGAGUGCGAUUGCGCGUUGCUGUUGCUACCGCGGUUUGGGCGCGCGCUCUUCCGCAAGGGCGCGAGCUUGCUCGAGGCUGGGCAACUCUAG